GUUGACAUAAGCAAUUGGAAAAUGUUAUAACCUCUAAAGCCUUUUUCAUUAAAAGUCGAGAAAUAACAUUUUACGCUAUAUUUUGAUUAAUAUCCAAUAAAAUAUAUUACGAAAUAUGAAAUUUAUCCUAUUGAAAAUAUAAAAUGAAUUUACUUAUAAUAUCAACUGUAAGUUGCCUUUUAGAAUAUAUUUUCCCAUCUUUAAUAAAAUAUAUUACGUCUCGUUUAUAUACAGUAAACAAACAUGAUAUAGAAUUACGAAACGAUUUGAUUAAUUUGAAGCAAGAAAUGAUUGGAAUAUCUAUGGUAGAUGAAUUUUCAAAGUAUGCAAAACUUCAGCGUAAAUAUAAUAAAUUAGAAAGUACAUUAAAAGAAAAAGCAAAUGAAAGACUGUCUUCCAGAAUGAAGGUACAAAUAUCUGUAACAUAUGGUUUUCGUAUAUUAAACGGUUCAUUAAUGUUGAUUCUGCUAUAUCUAUACAGAAAUAAACCUGUAAUAAUUUUGCCAAAAGGCAUGCUAUGGCCAAUACAAAGUUUAUUAAGCUGGCCUUGUUAUCAUGAAGAUUCAAUUUCUUUGAUUAUGUGGUUAAUAAUUGCAAGAUUAGUUGUAGCUACCUGUAAAAGAAAUGAUAUAACAUAAUAUCACCUGUAAUACUAUAUAAAAAUUAAUGUUAUAAGAUUAUAAAAUAAAAAUUUUUCACAUAAAUUAUUAUUCGCUGUGCAUAAGCAUACAUGACAAACAAUUUAGCUCUCAAGCUGUCAAUGUAUAGAUAGAAACAACUUUAAAAAUGUACAUACAAUUUUUACUUCUUCCUUAAUAUGCUGUAUGAAUAAUUGUAUAAUGUUUACUAAAUAUAUUGUGUUUGUUAAAACAUUUAAA